CUCUUUUUGUCUGUAAAUAAAAUUCGUUUGUUUCAAUGACAAUAUCUUUCAUUUUGGCGAGAGAAUUAUUUUUUAAAAGUUUCAAUUAAAAAAUGUUUGAAAUUUUUUUUUUAUUUCUAAAAUUAGACUCUUAAAUCGAUAAUCCAGAAUUGAAUUAGAUUAUCAUUAUUGACAUUUUUCCUUAUAUAAAAUAAAAUAUUAAUAUAUAUAUAAUUAUAAUAGAUAUAUAAUUAAUUUUUAAUUAGAUUUUAAAUCAUGUCGGUAUCAAAACAAAAAUCACAAUAGAAUAAAAAAUAUUUGCUGUUGAAAAAUUUGCUAGUUUGGUUUAGUUUAGAGUUUGUUUUGUUCUUCCUGUUUUCAUUGUCAAACAAAAUUUAAUUAGCAAUAAUAAUUAAUUAGACAGGACCUACUUUAGAAGAUAAAUGCAUAAUAAUAAAAUAAACAAGAAGAAAACUACAUUGAUUUGAUUGCACAUUUUGAAAAUUUACACGAUAAAACAAAUAAGAUGAGUACUGGUUCGGCAAAGUUUGUAGACAAAAUCGACCCUUACAACAAGGUGGCACACAGGCGGGCCCGGAGGAAUGGAGGAUCUUCACAUUUCGGUCACAAGGACAAUGUAGAAUUGCAGGCAUUGCCACUUCUUAAAGAUCUUCCAGCGAAUGAGCAGUCAUCUACAUUCAUCAAAAAGAUACAACAGUGUGCAGUAACAUUCGAUUUUUACGACCCACUGGCUGACAUCAAGAGCAAGGAGGUCAAGAGGGCCUGCCUAAAUGAACUUAUUGAGUACAUCAACAGCAACAGAGGGGUCCUAACUGACGUCGUUUAUCCGGAAAUUGUCAAAAUGGUGGCAGUAAAUAUAUUCAGACCACUGCCUCCUAAAGAGAACCCUUACUUCGACCCCGAGGAAGAUGAUCCCAAUCUUGAACUUACCUGGCCACAUUUACAAUUCGUUUACGAGAUUUUCUUGAGGUUUUUGGAGUCAUCUGACUUUCAACCCAGCACGGCAAAGAAAUUCAUUGACCAGAAAUUUGUUUUACAGCUGUUAGAGCUAUUUGACACAGAGGAUCCAAGAGAGAGAGAUUGCUUGAAGACAGUUCUACACAGAAUCUAUGGAAAGUUUCUUGGCUUGAGAGCGUUCAUAAGGAAGCACAUUAAUAAUAUAUUUUUAAGGUUCACAUAUGAGCAGGAGAGUUUCAACGGAGUCGGGGAGCUAUUAGAAAUUCUUGGAAGCAUAAUAAAUGGGUUUGCGCUGCCAUUAAAAUCGGAGCAUAAGCAUUUCUUGUUGAAAGUCUUAAUGCCAUUACACAAAGCCAGAACCCUUAAUAUAUACCACGUCCAAUUAACCUACUGUGUGGUUCAGUUCAUUGAAAAGGAUUCAACAUUAACGGGACCUGUUAUUCAUGAGUUACUAAAAUACUGGCCAAAGACAUCAAGUCAAAAAGAAGUGAUGUUCUUGGGGGAGAUGGAGGAGAUAUUAGAUGUUAUCGACCCGAGUGAGUUCAAGAAGGUUGUCACUCCUCUUUUCAAACAACUCUCCAAAUGCAUGUCCAGUUCUCACUUCCAGAUUGCAGAGCGUUCCUUAUAUUAUUGGAACAAUGAGUACAUCCUCGGUCUGAUCGAAGAGAACAUAGCGGAAAUAAUGCCCCUGACCUUCAAUGCGCUAUAUAAAUUAGAACACUGGAACCAGAUGAUAAUGACUUUGGUUUACAAUAUUUUGAAAUCUAUGGUCGACAUGAAUAGGCAGCUCUUUGAUCAACUUACUAGUUCCUAUCUUCAGAGAGUUAAUUUAAAUAAGCAGAAACAUGAGGCGAGAGAGGAGUUGUGGAAAACUUUGGACGAGUUAGUUACGAAUCUGACGAUCUCCAAUGCCAGCAGCAGCAGCAGAAACCCACCACCACCAUCAUCAUCAUCACAACAUCACCUAAGGAAGAGGAAAAUCUUUUCAAAUGAGAGAUUGAAGGCGGACAAAGAGAGCAACUCGACCAAUAGCAAUACCAUAAUCAUCAUCAUCAUCCCCACAACCAUCAUCAUCAUCAUCGUCGUCGUCGUUAUCAUCAUCAUCAGUUUAGCCCCAACCUAG